CGGAGCUGUCAAACCGCCUCCGACGGGCACCCCGCUCGAACGCACCUAUAUUGCCCGAUCGCGAUCGUAGUCUUGUGUUCUUUCGUGUGUUUAUAAACCUCGUAUGACGUAUUAAGGAGAUGAACGGCAGUGCAGCGACGGUGAAUGGUACCGUCAAUGGUACCAACGGUUCUCUUAAUGGUAUUGGAUCUGCUCCACGUACAGCUACACUUGGAACUCCAAGCAGUUAUGCAUACACAUCCAGCGGCUCCUUACUUGGUAGAGGAGGGUCGGCAAGGCCAGUGCCGCCACCGACGUUGCCCAAAUACAGUGGAUCGUUUAGCGCUGGUAGUGUCAGUUCUGCCGGAUUGAGGGAAAGGGAUAGGGAAGGAACCGGUGGUUCUCACAGAUUAGCAAGUUUAGAAAGAUUAGCGCUUCGACAGAGGAUUAUUGAACAAAGUUCAAAUAACCAGAUAGUUACUGGUGCGCUCAAUAAUUCCACUACCAGUACUGGGCCCACCUCAGCUACAGUCACCCUCACCGAUACAGCUACAUUACAAAGUAAACGCGAGCUGUUCUUCAAGUCUGAAUCAGUAAGUAGCGGCGGGGUGAGCGCAACAGGGCUGCCAAACGCUACGCCGCCCGCUCCGCCGCUAGCGCCCUCUUCCCUUAAGGAGGCGCUCGCGAAACGCUCGGCGACUCUCCCGGAGCCUCAAGAGAACAACCACGUAGAGGCGAAUGGUACAGCGAAGUUGAUUAGUAGCGCAUCAGUUGACAUAAAACCCAACCCGCCACAGAUGCCCGCUCCGCCGGUACCAACAUCAGCUCCGCCUGCUGCGCCACUCAGGAGUACAGAGAAUAUAAUUAAGAAGCCAGAUCACCCACCUGUAGCCCCAAAACCAGAACUACCUAAAAUAGAAAAACCCAAAACCAAAGAACUUGAUGGUUACGUCGGCUUUGCAAAUCUCCCAAACCAAGUAUACAGGAAAGCUGUCAAAAAGGGUUUCGAAUUCACUUUAAUGGUUGUCGGUGAAACCGGUUUGGGAAAGUCUACAUUAAUAAACUCGUUGUUUCUGACCGAUGUUUACGAUAAGGACAAGCACCCUGGUCCAUCGCUUCGGGUUAAGAAGACAGUUGGUGUUGAGACCAGUGUUGUACUGCUAAAGGAAAAUGGCGUUAAUCUAACAUUGACGAUCGUUGAUACGCCAGGAUUUGGGGACGCAGUGGAUAAUAGUAACUGCUGGCAACCGAUCAUCGACUUCGUGGAAUCGAAAUACGAAGAGUUUCUCAACGCGGAGUCGCGCGUGACCCGUCAAGCGGCGCCACCUGACACGCGAGUCCAUUGCUGCCUCUACUUUAUCGCGCCGAGCGGACAUGGGUUGAAACCCCUCGAUGUAGAGUUCAUGCAGCGGCUCGGCGAUAAAGUCAAUAUAAUACCAGUUAUUGCUAAAGCGGAUACCAUGACGCCAGAGGAGUGCAUGGAAUUUAAAGAGCAGAUAAUGAAAGAAAUAAAUCAGCACAAGAUCAAAAUCUAUGACUUUCCGGAGAGUACGGGUGAGGAGGGCGAAGGAGACGCAACUAAGACGCUUCGGAACAGAGUGCCUUUCGCGGUCGUCGGGGCCAACACGGUCAUUGAACAGGAUGGAAAACGUAUUCGGGGCCGGAAGUACCCUUGGGGUAUUGCGGAGGUUGAAAAUCUCGAGCACUGCGAUUUCUUGGCGCUACGGAACAUGGUAAUAAGGACGCAUCUCCAGGACUUGAAAGACGUUACCAGCUCAGUCCACUAUGAAAAUUAUAGAUGUCGCAAGUUGGCUGGUCUUUCACACGACGGCAAACCGCACAGGAUCAAUUCUAAUAAGAAUCCGUUAGCUCAGAUGGAGGAAGAAAAGAGGGAGCACGAUCAGAAAAUGAAGAAAAUGGAAAGUGAAAUGGAACAGGUGUUUGAGUCCAAAGUCCGCGAGAAGCGUGCAAAGCUGAAAGAGUCUGAGGCUGAAUUGGCUAGACGACACGAAGCCACACGACGCGCCUUGGAGGCCCAAGCACGGGAGUUGGAAGACCGGCAGAGGGCCCUUCAAGCGGAACAAUCUGCCUGGGAGAGGGAGACCGGCCUCUCGCUUGACGAUCUGCGACGCCGAUCGCUGGAGGCCAAUAGCAAAGAAACAAUGGACGGCAAGGAAAAGAAGGAUAAGAAAAAGAAAGAUUGGUCAUUUAAGAAUGUCACGAGCGGUAUAGCACUGUAAUCGAGCGAUCUAGUAUUAAAAUUAUAUUAAGAACAACGAUUGUAAGACUAUUGAAUUAUUGACCAUUAUUCCAUGACAAAGCAUUUACUUGUAAAGGCCUAAUUUACUUUUUGUAUCGAAAUUUUGUAACUUUUUGAGCACAAUUUAUUUCGAAUACGUCCGCGGAGAUGCCAAAGUAGUGUAGGAAUUAAUUAACAUCUUUUGUAAAUAGGGGUCUGUCUUACGGUUAUUCGUAAAUUAAUCGACUCUUAAAAUUAAAUAAUUCAACCCCAAUCUGCAUUAUCUUUGCGUAGUUUAAACGCUAGUGUCUUAAUAAUUCAAAAUUUGUUUAUCUAGAAAAUUCACGUUUAGAUUCACCUCUUACUUAUAACCAUACACUGUUUAUUAUAAGUAAGAGGGUAUUUUAGGAAACACGAUUCUAAAUUUUAAUGAAUUUAGAUAUUUUUUUAUAACUAAAUGCUUGAAAUUGUGUGGAGUGGCACGACGUUAUACAUGUGCUUAGUGAUAUUUAAUGCUCAUAGGUCAGUUGUGAAAUAGAUCUAGCAUUAGCUAGGACUAGUAACUUUAUCAUAGGCGCGUGCGCAGAUUGCUUCAUACACAUUGGAAUUACGUAUUUAACUGUUUAUGAAGUGAUUAGUUGGUCAUGCCUUCAUUUAUUCCUAUAAACCAGAUUACUCUACGCUGUUGUGAACGUUAUGUUAUUCCAUAUUAGCCUCUUAGUCUUUGUAAAUAUUUUCGUUUAAUCAUAACAUGACAAAGAUAUAUUAAAGUUAUGAAAUGCAUAAUCUUUAUUUGAUAUGUAUUCUCACAGUAUUUACUUCCGAGUUGAAUUAGCGUAGUUGUAAGUGUAAUGCUUUUUUUUUUUCAACCCGAUCUAAAGUGCGUAGUCAUUACGAGGAAUGUAUGAUGAGCGACGUUCGAACGAUGUAAUAUAUUGUACCUUUGAAAAUAUAAAUAAAUACGUAAUAUAUAGGAA